AUGGUUUCAGGUUUUUCCUUUUUCGUAUUUCCUUUGGACAUUGAGUACCAGAAGCGGUACCUACUACCCUAUACAUUGGUGAAUCGUGGCCUUUGCAUUGUCAGUGCCGUGAUUCAAGGAGUGGCAGACGGAUCUUUGUUUGACUAGUGGCUCUGAAACGGUGGCUUUCAAUGAAAGGAAAGAAGAAUUCGUUUACGACAUUAUUGAUUUGUGAUUAUUAAUUGCUUGGCUCAUGUCGGUGUUGUUGCGUGUCCUUGUGCGCAGUGGGGGCGUGUAGGGGUGUUUCCUUCUCUAACGAGACGGGCUGGAAAGAAAAAUCAAAUACAACUAUAAUCUAUGCACAGCAUACAGACACACACUGAUAAAUAGAAACGAAAGAAAGUGGCUGACGUUUCGUUAUCCGUCUCGGAGGGAGGGCCGUGUGCGCAGCCGCGAUCGACUCCUCACGGUCCGCGUGUUUUUUCUUUUUCUCAUUGGCUAAAUUUCCCCUCUGUCGCCCCUACUGACUCUGUUCCUUUUGCCGUUCAAUACAACGGGGCGUAGCGAGAACAACUUCUCUCAACAGUUCUUCAUCCUCUUCUGAAGGGCAACCAUCCCGAUCGAAACGCGUAUUUUUAUUUGUUGAAAAUCUCUCGUUCCGCCCAGUGUCUAUCGAUUUCUUUCCAUCAAACAAGCUCGGGAAAAUCUGGUCAACUGUAUGGAAAUCAGAGUCUGGGAAAUGGCCAUGAAUUCGUAUACGGUGUUCGCGUCCAUGCUGUUGAUUGGCUACGUCAUAUCGACACCUCUCCCAACGAUCGACGAAACAGAGGAAUGCUGGACUACGCCACUCUACCCACCUGAAAGGCCUAGGGUUUUUCUAACCUUAUCCGCAUUGGCCAAGAGCAUGACAGGAGGCAAUAUCCAGCAAAGACAAAUCGAAAUCAACUGGCACGGGAAUAGAGUAGUUGCACAGCCGGGCGACUGGAUCGGCCUGUACGAGCACGAUCCUCUUAACAACCCUACGCUUCCGCUUCGUCAGAUUACUGUAGACGGACGCAACAACGGAUAUUAUAAAACAGACGUCCAGUUUGGUUUCCCGACGAUAGAUCCCCAGCUUCUCAUCGAAGAUACCUGUCUCGGCUACUGGAUUGGCUACAUCCGCAAUGGGGUCACUAUUAGCAGCAAUUGCCUCAAAAUACGCCCAUCGUGGAUGUGGCAAAAUAGAGAAAUACUGGGCCCUGUUUCUAUUCGCCAACUUUUUCUUCCGGGCACCCACAAUUCCGGAAGUUAUCGCCCUUACAACGGCCAUUCAAGUGAUACAGUUUUCAUGCGCUAUUUAAUCUGCCAAGAUGAAGACAUCUUCCAUCAGCUAGCCUACGGAAUACGCUAUCUUGAUGUUCGCGUGGGCCAUUAUCCGGAUAGGGAGGAUAGAUUUUGGUUAAAUCACAAUUACGCUCGGGUUAAUCCUCUUCGUUUCCUGAUUGAUGACUUGAAACAUUUUUUAGAAGCAACUCGAGAAGUGGUGAUUCUUGAUUUCCAUCGUUUCCCAGUUGGGUUUAGUCAAAAUACUCAACGCAACAGAGAAACCCACGCCCAGUUAGUUCAAUUGUUGCUGGAAAAAUUGGGCGAUUUCAUGGUACCAUCCAGCUACGGUUCCAUGGCAUCGCUGAACGAUUUGUGGGCUAUUAAUCGAACGCUUAUUGUUGUCUACGCUGACGAUUGGACUCGUUCGUCACACCCGUUUCUUUGGCCAUCCAUUCCACAGGAAUGGGGUGACAAAAGAAACGUAGACGACCUUCACAAAUACUUGGCGGGCAUUGAUAGAAAACGAUACGAUUCUGAUUACUUUUGGGCUGCCAUGGCCGAACUGACACCGUCGACUAUGGACGUCCUGUUUCGUCCUAACGAUGGACUCAGAAAAUUGGCAGAUAAUGUAGCAAGAAACGUAACGGCUUGGUAUCGUGACCUGUGGUGGAAAACUACCAGCAUGACAGCUGUCGAUUUCUUUCAUUCUACCGACAUCAUUGACGUGGCCGUCGAUGCCAGUCUUAAACGCGUUCAAUGUUCGAAUUUGGUUGCGACAACUUUAACAACUACCCCGACUACUCAGCACGCAAUGGCAGAGGAACGAACGGGGCAAGACAGACGGCGAUUUUACCUUGGACCUCGUAAUCUUGACAUUACUGGAGCGACUAUAGAACUGACGUCUAGUCUGAGUGUGACUAGUAUGUCACCGAGAAUGACGGCACGUAGGAGACGGACAAAAAUUACGACGGCUGUUUUAACGCAAAAUUUACCACUUACCACUAUUAAUUCAGUAUGAGUCAACAUUGUGACAUUUGACACCGGUGACGAAAGGAUCAAAUCCAAUUACACACGACCCUUAUUUAUGAUCAAUUUACGAGUAUCAUUGUAUAUCUAUUUACGUUGCUUGUAAUGUUCGUUGUUUCCGUGGCUAAUAGUACUCGCAACAACCUA